AUGUCACGGCCUGGAAAGGCCCGCCGAUCUCGCUCCGCUAGUCCCCAGCACAACGAGGAUGCCGACUACCAACUAGCCGUGCAGAUUUCCAAAGAAAUCAACGGAGGACAGGCUACUACUAGCGGCGCUGGUCCCUCCCAGCAACGGCCUGGCUACGACGAUGGGGAUGACUUUGCAUAUGCUCUUGAGCUGCAAUUCGGCGAAGCAAAUGGUCAACAUCAUACGAAGGGCGAUGCAUCGGCCCCCAACCGUUCAUCUCGUUGGGAUCAACGUGCACCUCCGCCAAAAGCCUCGCCGUGGACUUCCAAGAAAGACAAACGUAAGGUCGCGAAGUAUCAUUCCGAGACCCCAAACGGAAAGACCUUUGGAACAUUUGCAGCCUUUCUGGCGCAUGUCAAGUCAGCUCGAUGCUUUACAACUGUUGCUGAAGGACUGGAAGAGUGGAAAUAUGGUGCUCUCGUCGCUGUUAAAAUGCACAAACUGCGAGGACUCGCGUUGCAUUUCCUGUGUGCCCGGGCCGUCAAUGCCUUGGUCGUUAAGCAGUGUGCAUGUCUGGACGAACAUUUCUCUGCCAUCAAGGUCAGUGAAGCAGCGCACCGCAAGCCAAUACAACAGCCGCAAGAAGUUGAGCGCGGAACAUCACAGCGAGGACGAGGACGAGGACGAGCCGGGAUAGGAUUCAGUGGUUCUUCAAGACCUGGUAUGGGCUACGACAGCGAUUUCGAUGACAGCCUUGUAUGGGGUCCCGGACAUACGCUUAGUGAACACCAGUUCCAGGCGGCUGCAACCAACACCAGUGGUAAGGCCAAAGCUCUUGCAACGCAGCAGAACGAGGAUCGGUUCUACGAAUUGCAUCUACAUCUCAUAGAGUCUCUACUCCCUGUAUUCGAACGCGAGUCGAACUUCGAUAUGGAUCCGCCAGAGUGUUUGGCCGAAAUGCUGGUUGGUAGCAAGCUCCUGAAUUACUGCGCAGAGCUUUUACGGAACGACUCCCUGGAAGAUGCCACAAAGAGGAGAGAUUUGUAUCAUGCGCUCAUAUGUCUGGUAAGAACACUCGGUGCACAUUCUAGUACGGCAAGUGCGACUGUUUACAACGAGCGGCCUUUUAAGGAGGAUAAGAUCAAUCUCCUGACCUUGUCUUUUCAUGAAGGUCCUGGACUGUCGACAGAUACGUCAUUGUCACUACUGAAGAUCCUCACCAAUCUGGACGCACAAAGCAAGCUCGUACUACAAGGUGCGAAGCGCAACGAGAAAGAGUUUCAGACUGCCGGAGGUCAGAAUCUCCUGCUGCUGUGUCGCCAGAUCACCGACCUUCGGGGCUACCUGGUUGCGAAUUCUGGCACGUCCGUAAGAGCCACUCCCCCCAAGAGCAAGCCAGAGAUCCCCGCGCUGGCUGAUCUACCUGAUGGUGCGAUCCUAGUAUCACAUGCUUACGGUCCGCUUGCACGGGCGCUGAUUUCGCCUCCAUCUGGCCGCUUCAAGAGUCUCAUCAGCCAGAUUACCACCUUGAAGACGGGACUGCCACCGGGCAUCUUCGUUAGGUAUGCUGAAUCACGACCGGAUGUACAGAAGGCCGUGAUCAUCGGACCUGAAGGUACACCAUACGCGAACGGGAUUUUCGAAUUUGAUCUUUUCUGCGAUGCUGAUUUCCCCAACAAGCCACCGCUGGUACAAUUCAAAACUACAGGCGGCGGCAGGGUCGACUUCAAUCCCAACUUGUAUGCUGACGGAAAGGUGUGCUUGAGCCUACUUGGAACAUGGCAAGUUUAUAAUGCGAAGACUUGUCGAAACACAAUACGAACGGCAAUGUUGGAGUGGAUCGAGAACACACCGCCAAUAUGGAAGGACGUGGUCGAUCGGCACUUCACCGCAAACGCAGACAAGAUCUUGCAUACCGCUGUAGCGUGGUCGAAGAAGAAAACACCGGACCAGCCAUUCAGGCAUAUUGAUUUUUCUGCCGCGGGUUUGGACGACGAGGACAUGGCUGCCAUGCAACGUCUCUCGGCACAGAGCCACGACGGCCUCGACUCAAUACUUCCACAACUACAGGCGGCGCUUUACAAGUACGGGGCUUCGAAGAUUGUUCCAGAUCCUCAACCCCAUACUCAGGCCUCCUCGGCUGCGUCCCUUAAGAGGGCUCGCGACGCUACAAAAGCACUCAAGCCAGCACAUACACCACCGCCACAGUUGUCACAGCUGCCACAGCUGCCGCCAAUGUACAUGCCACUGGGCCCACUGGGUCCACAGGGUCCAAAUCCGCAUAUGCCACAUUUCAAUUAUCCAUACAUGCAGAACCCGCAUUCGCAGACCGCGCCUCAGCAAGGCCCGUGGGCGCAAUUUGAUAACUUUACAUUGCCGACUCUUGGCAAUUUCAGUGCAUCUAGUGGAUUGUUUACGGGUCCGGGUAGAACCCUUGGAGAUGGUGCAAUGAAUCAGCCAGGUCCCGAAGCCCAAAACAAUGUUGGUCAUGGUGGAAGCUUUCUCAGUACACUUGGGUUGGGUCGCGGUAGAUACGAGACAAGAUCGUCGACGCGUGGCCGAGGGGGUCCUGGCUCAGCGACAAACGCGGGCGGGUCUCCCUUUAGCAACAGUCCUGGCUUCGGUGACUAUCCGCGAGGAGGGGGCUACACUGGCCCACCUGGUCGCGGCGGAUAUCAUGCCGAUCAAGAACGGGGUGGUGGUCGCGGCCAUUUCCAUGACCAGGGACGAAGUGAUCUGGGAGGACAGGGUGAUGGGUUAGGGCGUGGUGGACGCGGUGGGCGCGGUGGUCGUGGUGGUUUCGGUGGUUUCGGUGGAUUGAACGAUUUCUAG